AUGUCUUCCCAUCCUAUCACCGCUCAGAACGUAUAUCUCCUCCCAACCCCUUCCAACACCCCCUCGCACCAUCGUGUUCCCCCGCCGCACCUACGGUGCCGCGCCUUAACGCAAGAUUCGAGGACCAAAAAGCACACCGGUGAACAGUGCAAGCGGUGGAAGGUCUUUGACAGUGAUACACCCCAAGCUCAAAAGACCCAAGAGGAACUACUAGCCGACGAACUCUGCAAACAACAUGCGAAGACGAAAGAGAGAUUCAUGGAUGCCGUCACCCGACAAUUGCAGCGGGAGCGAGUCUCCGCCGCUGAGAAACCAGCCCAACCUCAUCACGCAGCUGGCAGUGCCUCGCAACCCUCUCGGACGAGAGUCCCCAAUCUGGCAACAUCUGCGGCAACGUCUUUCUUCCAGCCGGCCCCUAAGCUUGGACUGACGGCUCAGACUUCCCUUCUCGCUGCAGCUACGACUGCAACCAAGGCGGAGAAAGAUGCAGACAUGGAGAGCCUUCGAAAAGAGAUAGACAAGCUGUCCCAGAUGGUGCGCGGACCUUCCGCUCAAGCUGGAACGGCUUCUGCAGGGCCGUCGAGAAAGGGGAAAGAGCGUAGUUCUUCUGCUUCAAUGGGCGAGUUUGGCAGGCAAAGCUCCUGGGGCGGCGUCGCAACAAGGGGCGAUUUGGGAUUUGUCAAAGGUGAAACCACCGACGACGACGACGUUGACGACGACGUUGACGACGACGUUGACGGCGACGAGGAUGGCGAUGAGGAUCUCAUCGCAAAUAUCUAA